GUGUUGUGCUGUGCAAGUGCCGUUAGUUGGACCCGCCAUCUCUAGAAACGCCGUUAUAAAGCGAGCUGGGCCCUUGUCACUAAUCGCCCAAAGUGUUUGCGAUAUUAAAUGCUACAAAUUGUUUCAGUGCAAUUCACGAUCAUUUGCAAAAAAAAAAAAAUAAAUUUAAAUUUAUUUCAUAAAUUUAUUUUUCCCCUCCCGUUUAUUUACCAUACAUGUACGUCGUAAAGCAGCCGAAAACCGAACGCGUGUGCUUGUCUGUUUCGACGAACUUGUGUCUGUGUUUGUGUAAACGACGUCCCAGCAGCACGCAAUAAGAACGAGAAAGCGAAAAGAGACAACGAGGACUACGUCAAAGUUGGAAGAAGCAGAAACCUACACUGCGAAAAGAAAUCACAAAAAGUAUUAAAAGCGCAACAAUUUCGGUUUUAAGCAUUUGAACUAAAAUAUAAAAAAAAAAAAUAAACUGAAACAUGACUGAGGUAGAGCAACCGCCACAGAACGGCAUAGAUCCAACCGCGGGUGAGGAAGAUGAGAACAGUAAAGCACGUCCCGCGGACAUUGAACAGGACAUGCGGGAAAUGGAGCGACGCAAGCGUGUAGAGGCCAUCAUGGGAUCGAAGCUGUUUCGUGAGGAACUGGAGCGCAUUGUGGACUCGGCACGCGAGGGCGGCGCUGGUGCCAGUGGCAUAUUGCAGCAAUUGUCUGAUAUUGUGGGCGUGCCCGUUAACCGAGUAAGCAAUGUAUUCAAGAGCAGCAGCUGCAUGGUGCCCAUCAACGAUAUACGCGGCGUGGAAUCGAUGGGCUAUGCCAAGGGCGAGAAGAUACUCAGGUGCAAACUUGCUGCCACAUUCCGGCUGCUAGACCUGUACGGCUGGACACAGGGUCUGGGCGCACAGAUCACGGCCCGCCUAAAGGUCGAUCAGGAGUACUUUUUGGUCAAUCCGUAUGGACUGUUGUACCAUGAGAUCACCGCCUCGUCCCUCAACAAAGUCGACAUGCAGGGCCAGAUUGUCGAACAGGGCACCACCAACUUUGGGGUGAACAAGAGUCACUUUGUCUUGCAUUCGGUGGUUCAUGCAGCGCGUCCCGAUAUCCGUUGCGCCAUCUAUAUUGGCUGCAGUCCCGUGGUGGCCAUCUCCUCGCUGAAGACAGGCCUGCUGGCCCUCACCAAGGAUGCCUGCGUGUUGGGCGAGAUCAGCAUACACGUUUACACCGGUUUGUUUGACGAAGAUGAGCGCAACCGUUUGGUGCGCAACCUGGGUCCCAACUCUAAGGUUAUGCUGCUGGCCAACCACGGCGCCCUGUGCUGCGGCGAGACCAUCGAGGAGGCGUUCUUUGCUGCCUGUCACAUUGUGCAGGCAUGUGAAACGCAGCUGAAGCUGCUGCCAGUUGGCAUUGAGAACCUCGUGCUCAUACCUGAGGAGUCGCGCAAGCUUAUCUAUGAGCAGUCGCGUCGCCCACCAGAGGACUUGGAAAAGAAAUUUGCCGCCAUUACAACUGAUGAGGAUGGCGCCGCUUCCAGCAAAGAGGAACCAACGCCUAAGAUAGGCAGUCCGCCCAAGUGGCGUGUGGGUGGUGCGGAGUUCGAGGCACUAAUGCGUAUGCUCGACAAUGCUGGUUAUCGUACUGGAUACAUUUACCGCCAUCCACUGAUCAAAUCGGAUCCGCCAAAGCCUAAGAACGAUGUAGAACUGCCACCAGCUGUGUCCUCAUUAGGCUAUCUGCUUGAGGAGGAGGAGCUCUUCAGACAGGGCAUCUGGAAGAAGGGUGAUCUGCGCAAGGGCGGCGAUCGCAGUCGCUGGCUUAACUCGCCCAAUGUUUACCAGAAGGUCGAGGUACUGGAAACUGGCACUCCAGAUCCCAAGAAAAUCACAAAGUGGGUAGCCGAAGGUUCGCCCACCCACUCGACGCCGGUGCGAAUCGAGGAUCCGUUGCAAUUUGUGCCAGCUGGAACCACAACCAAGGAGUUCAAGCGGGUCCAACAGCAAAUCAAGGACAAUCGACGCGCGGACCUGAUUUCCGCUGGCCCACAAUCGCACAUACUGGAGGGCGUUACCUGGGAUGAGGCAAAUCGCAUCAAAGAUGCUACUGUCUCGCAAACUGGUGACCAUGUGGUGCUAAUGGGUGCCGCCUCCAAGGGCAUCAUACAGCGCGGAUUCCAGCAUAAUGCGACAGUCUAUAAGGCGCCCUAUGCCAAGAAUCCCUUUGACAAUGUGACAGACGAUGAGCUCAACGAAUAUAAACGUACCGUGGAGCGCAAAAAGAAGAGCAUUCAUGGUGAAUAUACCGACACAGACUUUUCGGAAUCGGAGGCCCUCAACUCGAUGCAGGCGGCGGGUGCCCAUGCACAUGCAAAACACGCACAGAGUGAGCCAGAAACGGAACACCAAGUCAUACAGAUUCAAACGCAACAGGCGCCCAUUCCCAGCCAGGCUGAGGUUGUGCUGAGCGAUGAAACUGAAAUUCAAGAAACUGAUCCUGAUACAGUCACAGUCCAGACGUCGAGCGAAGAAAGGAAGAUCGACUUAGUCUAUGAUGAGCUGGACAAGGAGAACCAGAACCAGAACCAGAAUCAGGGUCACAUUCAGAACGAGAGUGUUCCUGCCUCGACUAGCAAGUGUCGUCGCGAUUUGCUCUCCGCGUUUACUAAUCCCAACUCUACUUCAAAUUCUUGUCCCAGCCCCUGUCUACAUACCCAACACGUUGCUGACUUGACACAGAAACCCGAGUCCCUUGCAUCGCCAAAAGUCCUUCAGGGAGAGUUUUAUUCGUACGCGUAUGGGGCUGGUCCUUUGGGUCGCUGCUGUCAGCCACAAAUUUGCUCUGUCCUGUUGCAUGCUCUGCACUCGGAGCAUCUGCAAAACAUUGCCUACUAUCGAGGCAGCGGUAAUCGUUCGAGCGCCACGUCCAGCACUGGCACCAACAACACCAACGAAUCAUCUACCCCACGUCGACCGCUGCAGCUGGCCAAUGGGCUGCCGCCGCCUUAUCGCACGCUCUCGCACUUUGGCUUCAAUUCGCCGCGACAGCCGCCGCGCACCGAACAUCGGCAUUUGCCGCGCGGAGCGGAGUGCAUUCGCUAUCGGCCCAUGCACAGGGUCAUCAGCUACGAGGAAAUCUUUGCCACACCGCGCUACGAGCAGCUGUGCCAGUUCUGCUUUGAGCAGCUGUUGCGCCUCAAGCCAGAGCUGCAACGACGCAGUGCUGCGAGCAGCAGCGGCGAGGAGCCAGAGGAUCUGAUUAGCGGCUCUGGCAGCUACCCGGCUACGCCCCGAAAGCUGGCUACUCUAACGGAGCUGAACGAUGAGGAGGAAUUCGAGGAGCAGCUGUUCGAGCGCGCACCAUUCACAAGCGUGCGCUGCCAUGUCAGCACUCAGACGAGCUCCGUUUUGAUCAGCAGCAAUUUUCUGGCACAGAUCGAACGUCUCAACUUCUCGGAGGAGUCCACAAAUGUUAACUAUGUGCCUGGCAUCCAAACGAUUAGCAGCGAUAUUAGUUUCCGCGGAGUGCAGACACCGACAAGUCCGCCGGCCAGUGCAACAAGUGCGCCACCUUCUGCGGAUAUGCGACGCCGAUUUAUUCCAACUGAUCGUGAUAAGACCACCACAGACCUGACGGAGGUGUGGAACUUUGGCAACUGGCAGGAGCAAGAACGGCAGGACGAGAGCGCCCAAGCUCAACAACCGCUCACCGAGCGCCGCAUUACUCUCGAGAUUACCCAGCAAUUUGGUGCCAAUUGCGAGCAGAACGAAGGCCAGGCUACGGAUCAGAAGGAACUAGACCAGCAGGCUGACCGCCAGUUGAUGACGCGUGAAGAGCGUCAGCGUCGCAAGCUGGAGUUCCAGGAGCUGUGGCAGGAUCACGUACAGUACUUCGGUGCCAAGGAAGAGAUGGAACACGAAGUUCCAGCAACUCUAGAGCAUACGGUGACAAUGUCGCUGGAGGCAGGGGAGGCUCAGACUUUGAGGACAUAUGGUUGGCUGAGGCAGCCAAUUCAAGGCGAAGAUUCAAAGGAGAAAGUCCAGGCAGAUUUAGUGUGCGAAGAGCUACGAAUUGACCAGGGGUCAUCCUCUAGCAACAGACAGUCGACCCAAUCCUUCAGUGGCGAUGUGCAACAUCAAGCAGCUGCAGAGAUACCGAAAAUAUUGCAAGAUUUCGAGCAAAGUCUAUGCGUGGCGGGUCAGAAUCUAGAAAAACUGGUGGCCACUACGAAAAAGCUGCAAGUGGAAGGUGCGCAAGAUGAAUCCGGCUCAGACGAAUCUAUGGAGAGUGGAUCGCUAUUUCGGGCAAUCAGCUUGGAGAAUAUCGCCGAUGCCGACGAUACAGCUUCAGUUUCCGAGCCUCAACGCUUGCAGCCGCCAAACUUCAGCACAGAUGAGGAAUUUCCCGAGCAAGGAGAAGAACCUCAAGCCGAAAUCGAUCAUGAGGAGAAGCGAGACGAUGAAAAACCAGUAACACCUUUGCCCAGUGUGAACCAGAAAGACAAUGUUGAGUGCGGACAUAUUGAUGAAAAGGAUGUGGAUGAGCAUGAGGAAUACAUAGAUAUUGAGGAUGUGGAAGAGAAUGAGGAAUACAUAGAUAUUGAGGAAUCGGAUUGUCGCGCUGAAGUUUCGCCGUCUGCAGAGCCAACAACUAGAGAUGAGCUGGAGACUCCACAGAGGGAAUGCACCUCGACUAACAACGACAUAUUCUCGCCAUUAGAGCGCGAAAUACUCGAGCGGAUCCAGGAGAACAAGCUGAAGGAAAGAGAGUCCAUAUUCGGCAGGAUUGAUGAGAGCAUACGCAAUAAGCUAACGCCCUGCAAGCUGCAACGCAUGGUAACCGGCGCAGAGGAAACCUUUCAAACAUGCACACAUAUCUACAGAAGCCCGCCCACAGCAACGCCCACCGGUGGGGAUAUACCUCAUCUUUUCCAGUUCAGUAGCGAGCCGCGCCCAUCCUCUUUCUCCAUGCACAAUAUUAAUGCACCUGCAAGUUCCUCGGCGCAUGUUCAUGUGAUUACGGCAAAGACGCCACGAUUGUCUUGCUCCUGGGAAAGCUACCAGGGCAGCAGUAGGUCGUCUUCACCGACAUCUCGACCCUCGCUCGAGCGUACCAUAUCCUCCACGACAUUUGUGUUCCGCAGCAGUCCACGCAAGAAGCGCAACUUUAUUCAAGAGAACAUACGCAAUGCCGGCAAACCCCGCGCAAUCUCCAAGUCCUCCAUAAACUCAACCGCAAGGUUAAGGUUAAGGCGUGGUCUGGCCAAGACCAGCGAUGCCUUGUCCGUGUGCACGUUCCAGGCCGAGCAACGGAGUAGUAGCGCUCGACUGUGGGUCUCCCUGCCGUCGACUCCACGUGGCAUCAGCGGUCAAAAGCGCCGAUCGGUUAGUCCAAAUCAGGCGCUUUAUCCACUGAUUCACUCGCCCUCCACGUCCUAUGCCAAGCGUCGCAAACCCCUCGCAAAUCAGACACCUAAACUAAAUCGCAGCCCACGUCCCAUCUUGCAUAAGACCAUAUCGAGUGGUACAUACUGUACGGAUUCGACUGGAUCGCAGCAGGGCGGUGUCUUGAUGCAGAGCCUUUCCAGCACCACUUUUGAGUUGGCAAACACGGAGGAGGACCAACAGAUCGAAACGCUUACAAACCAAAUUGCAGCGACAUCCCUUGUCUUGAGGUCACCAGAAAGCCAAAACAAUGCAACGGGCAGCUCCUUGUAUUACAGCGCUGACGAUAAUACGGUUAUCGAGGUGCAGGAACUCAAUCUCAGCAUCCUUGACAAUCAGAGGAAUACUACGGAGCAAGAAAUGGGCAGGCCAAUGUAUGAUAAUGAGAGCGAUGAAGCAUUACAGCCACGAUUAUCCGCCGGAGAGACAACAGAAAACACAAGUCAAGCUGCAAAUGCUGAUACCCAGGAGGUAAGUGAGGUGAGCGACAGCACGGCAGAAGGAUAUACAGGAAAUACGGAUGAGUUUACAGAGCCUUCACAGACGACGACAGACAGGCCGGAGGAGGAGACUAUGGAUCCCUCCUCCGGUUACGUUGAGACGGGCACCAAUGACACGGACAACGAAAGCGAUAGCGAAAACGAGCACUCGGCAGCAGCUUUUCAAGAUCCACAUGCAAGUAACAAUUCCAAUAGGUUGGACAGUGUGGAGCUUACUUCCACAAGCAGCUUGCCGGAUGGAGGAGAAAGUCUGAAUGAGGACACAGCUGAAACGGAAGAACAUAUGACUGAUGAGAUCUCUGGAAGAACUGGAUCUCAAGAAUUUGAUGCGUCCAACGAAUCGGUUAAUGAAAUACCCGAUUCCGAUAAAACAAAUCUCAAUGGUCAAGCACAUCCCAAUGCUGAUAAUACAGCUGAGCCAGGAGCUCCAGCAAAUGAGUCGAAUGAAGCCAAAGUUAAGUCGCCCCAUAAACCUGCUGGCAAUUCUGAGUUGGAGCAGGAAGGAGGAGAUGGCAAUGCGAACGGCGGUUUAAAUGCCGACUCAUCGGGCUUUUCGCUGAGCUCUAACCGAGCCAACUUUAAUCUAAGUCCUCAACAUAAUUUUCUACGUAGCUUUUCGUUCUACGAUUCCGACAGCUCAACUGAUGGAGAAUGUCUGCUAAAGACGCAACACAAUUUACAGUCAUCUGUACAGGAUGACACUGAGGAUGACAAUAAACCCAACACCUCGGCGGCGGCGGCAACUAGCAAGAAGAAGCGCAAGUCUGGCGGCAGAGAUGACAAUGCAUCGAAGAAGUCUGACGAGGACGAAAUUGUUGUAUUAGAUACGCAGUGCACGCUAACAGAUGGAACACUCCAUGUCAGUGAGGAGUCCUUGGACGACAUACAAGCUCCACGCGGCGAAGCGGGUGAUGUGAACAAGGCAAAGCUUUAUCAGCCGUUUGCCGAAAACGACAGCUGGAAUAUAUUUGGGGUAGAAGAUGAUGAGGAAGAGGUGGAAGAGGAUGGGGAGGACGAGGAAAACGAAGUGCAGCCAGAGACGUUUGAGCCAAUAGCUGAAAUAGCUUCCAUGGCAGCAGACAAUGUGAGUUCACAGAAUGAUGAAGAGUUUUCGAUUGAGGUCGAACUGCCACUGGGCGGCUUUAAUGAAUAUGGACAGCUGGAGCUGGAACUCGACACGCGUUUGCUCUUUGGUGGCAGCUCAGGUUAUGCGACAAUUGAUUCACAUCCAAUCGAAUGGCCGCUAAAUGGUGUUUAUGACUUUGGCCCUUUUGUUGUGGAACUGAGCGAUGAGCAGCCAGAACUUGUGCCUGGCAGCAGCGACUCGUCGCAAUCUCUAGAAAUAUCACAAAAUGAAAAGAACCAAACGGUGGCCCUAGAACAAGUAAUCAGAACCGACUUUACUCAACCUGAGCCCAAAGAAGAACAGCCCCCUUCGCACGAAUAAAAAAAAAUUAUUUUCAAGAAGUAUUUUCCCGACACCUGAGUUGAAUUUGAGUGUUGCAUUAAAUCAAAAGGCUUUUCGGCUCUGUGCCCCAUCUGUGCCAAGUCAGCAGUCCCUCUCUACUUUUCAAAAAGUAUACAUUUUUCUUGAUUUUACUUAAUUAUUUUACUUACACUUGGCAUGCGCUCGAACUGCACCCAUA